CUCUCAUUCCUAUAAUCCCCAACGAUAUUUGGACGCCAAGAGGACAAGCUUUUUAUCGUUUCAUCAAUUUCUUUUGUUGAAACGGGGCGAGCGCACGAAUCUAUUCGAAUGGACACACCUCCUGACAGCUUACCUCAAAUAGCGUUGCAGUUGCAAAACUCUACCGCCAACAUACAUACCUCUUACAUACAUACCAGGUACAACAACAGGGACGAAUGCUACACUUCGUACACCCCUAGGGGAAUUCAGCCAAGACAUUACAAAUUCCACCUAUUAUACAGCCAUAUACCUCUAUACCUCUAUACCCAAGGUAAUAAGCCGCAACUCUUCUUCUAGGAGGGUUUCGGGCGAUCUAUACCAUCUCCCAACCGCCUUGUACACGUAAUUCCUACUUGCGCGUCAAGAGGCGUUGUCGCUAAAUCGAUCAAUCAAUCAAUAAUGGCGUUCCCGUCCCUGCUUGAUCAGCUCGGUCCAGAGAUAUCAGACCCAGAAGAAGAAACCUUCUUACUAUACUCCCAGGAUAUCCCGUCCCAGAACUUAGGCUUCGUGGAUCCUCAAGCGACCACGUUGGACCUCAGCGUUGCUGGCAAGGACUACGUAAUUCAUCAGUCACCAACCAUCUUAAAUAGGCCAGGAAGUACCACAGGCGCUGUCGUGUGGAAGAUCACUCCGCUUAUAGCCGAUUGGCUAGCCGCUUCCGACAAUCCCCUCUGGACCUCUGGCGUUUUAUCAUCCUGUUCCGACGUGCUGGAAUUGGGCUGUGGAAUCUCUGGCCUAGUGGGAUUGGUUCUUGCGCCAUUGGUCGCAAAGUAUACACUUACAGACCAGUCCUACGUCGCGAGACUAGUAGAGAAGAACAUUGACGAAAACAGUCCCCUGAAGAACUCAAAGCAGACUAAGACUACUUCUCAGACCACUUCUCAGAAGCGGAAAGGCAAGCCGUCGGCUGUCUAUCCUAAUAAGGCUGAACUACGAUUUGUCCCGCUGGACUGGGAGUUGGACGAGGUGACACGGUCCCUUACAGGAAGCGAUAAGGUCAAGAGCUUUGACCUCGUCAUUGCUUGCGAUUGCAUCUAUAACGAUGCGCUAAUCCAACCACUGGUACAAACCUGUGCUGACGUAUGUAGAUUGCGAGCAUCGGACGAGAAUGGUGCCGACAAGCCCGCCGUCUGUCUGGUCGCACAGCAACUUAGAGAUCCGGAGAUAUUCGAGUCGUGGAUAAAGGAGUUCAGCAGGUAUUUCCGGACGUGGCGCAUCCCAGAUAGCGCUUUAACUGAGGGGUUACGGUCGAACCCUGGAUUUGUAGUCCACCUGGGUAUCUUGCGAGAUGCGGCAGAGACACGCAAUUGAUCCAUACUCCGCAGCGUAAUCCUCAGACCAUAAUUAAUAUGCCUUCAUGCGCGAACCCGUAUGAGUUAUUAUGAGUAGGUAACUUAUAAACCCCGGAGAAUUUAGGUAAAUUUAAUCCGUAAAGGAGUAAUCAAAUAGCUACAAGUAAUAAGCUAGGGUAUAUUAUAACGAAUUGCGAAUUUCGGCGUGAUAGACCUACCUUGGUAUGUCUAUAUACAACGUAGGUAAUCAAGCGAACAAAUCCC